AUGGGAAAUUCCGACAUUCGACUUAUUCUUCCUCCCAAGAAGGAACUCAACGCGUGGUGGGACAAGCUAGACCGAGCUGGUCGUGAGUUCGUGGAAUUAACAAUUGGCCGACUCCUCCCUCUGUUGCGUAUCAACAUUCAUGGCGGCCUCAUUCAAGCACUUGCCCAUUGUUGGUGUCCAGAGACGACUACUUUCAUCUUCGGUAAGCAUGAGCUCACUCCGACCUUGGAAGAAUAUAGCAUUGCCAUUGGAAAACCUUUGGAAUUAGAAUUAAUUAGUCCACCUAUUGGAAUAAAUCCUGUCUCGAUUUUAUCUGAUUUUCUGAGAAUCAAGGAAGAAAAGAUAAGAAAAAUUUUAAAAGGUCACCGCAAUACUUGCCCAUUUUCAUUUCUUGAUGAAUGUUUUCAAAAUGGCACUUCAUUUCAAAUGAGAAGGAUUUUCCUACUAGCUUUCUUUGGGUUUAUACUUUUCCCUCACUGCAAGAAUGCUAUUAAUCCUUUGAUUGCUAAGUUAGUGGGACAAGUGUGUGGGGGAAUGAACUUUGUUAAUGCCCUCCUGGCAGAAACUUUUCUUUCCCUUUCUCGAUUUAAAGAAAAUGGAGACAAAAUCUUUCGUGCUUCUCCUGAACUUUUGCAAAUUUGGUUCUUAUCCCACUUAAAAGGGUUUGGUGGUCUAAUGAUUAUACGUGAAGUUAGCAACUCUGAUCACCCUAUCAUGAGAUUUGAGAAUAAACAAAAACAUGCACCGGAUUAUCAUUAUUCCAAUUGGCUGGUUUUCUUUAAAAAUCCAAAGUCCAAAUGUUUCCUAUGGCAUGCUAAAUGGUUCCAAGUUCGUGAGGCCAGACUCACAUGUGGACGUGUUGGCCCAAUCCCUUUACUGGGAUUCACUGGGGCAAUGGAAUAUUACCCAACUAGGGUGACUCGCCAGUAUCAAGUGGUGCAAAGAGCUUCCCAGACUUUGAAGCAAGCUGAUUCAAUUCGAGUCAACUUCAAGACGGAGACCUCGACCAUGAGGAUAACAUUUCUUUAA